CCCACAAAUGUAUUGGUCACAUGAUUGUGACAUCAUCACAGGUCCUACACCUCCAGCAUGUAACAGAUACAGAGCAGGUCCUGGUGGGGCAGUCACUGCUGUUGUGUUGUGUGUGGAGAUCUCUCAGAGCAGCAGCCCCUGAUCAUGUGACUGAUCACAUGACAGUGACAUCAUCGCAGGUCCUGUAAGCACACGGCUCCUCUACAGAUACAGGUUUCUCCAAUCCAGGAUCCUCUGCUGAUAUCUUCUAUAUAAGAGAAUUCUCCUGGAUGACCCAUCAACCAUGGAGAGAGACAGGAACAAGAUGGCCGACAGGAUCAUAAACCUCACCCUACAGAUACUCUUCCGGCUUACUGGAGAGGAUUACACAGUAGUGAAGAAGUCCUCUAGUGGGCGCUGUCAGGCCCCUGUGUGUGAAGGAUGGGGAAGAACCCUGAGCCCAAUCCCAGGGCCCCCACCUGACUCCCUGAUACAUGAGGAAAUGGACGAACAGAAGAUUCUAGAACUCCUCAACAAGAUGAUGGAGCUGCUGACUGGAGUGUUGACCCUGCUGGGACAUUAUACAGUUCCUAUAAGGUGUCAGGACGUGGCGGUCUAUUUCUCCAUGGAGGAGUGGGAGUAUGUAGAAGGACACAAGGAUCAGUACAAGGAUCAGGUCAUGAUGGAGGAUCAGCAGCCCCUCACAUCACCAGUCAGAUCCAGUAAGAGAACAGCACCCGAGAGGUGUCCCCGUCCUCUUCUUCCACAGGAUGAUCAGGGAGAAGAUCCGAACAAUAUUAAUGCUCCAGAGACAGAUGUGAGUGGUGAUGAGCAGUAUAAGGAGCACAUUUCUACAGGAAAAGAUGUGAUCUAUAUUAAUACUACAGAUAUAAAGGAAGAAGCAGAGACAGAUGUGAGCGGUGAUGAGCAGUAUAAGGAGGACAUUCCUACAGGGAAAGAUGUGAUCUAUAGUAAUACUACAGAUUUAAGAGAAGAAGAAGAGACAGAUGUGAGCAGUGAUGAGCAGUAUAAGGAGGACAUUCCUACAGGUAACCGCCCAGAUGCCGCGACUUUGGUGCCGGACACCAGCCUGAUCGUCGAAGUCCGGUAUUAGCCGCUGGUUGCUGAUAGAAACAGAGACUCAUCGGGUAUGAAGCGCGAUCAGCUCCUGAGCGCGCUUCACAUAAUGGGAGCCGGGAAUAGACGUAAAUAUAUGUCUAUUGUGUUUAAGGUUCCCGGUUUAGGUUGUAUUGUGUCUGUAGUCAGUGACUGUGUUAUGCAGCUGUCCUCACUCUGUAUACA